CAGGCGAUCCGAAAUGUGGAAGUUUUUAUUAAUUCAUUACACCUCUGCAGUCCCCAGGGGUUCCUCAGCAGCCCGCCUAGUGGAAGAAUGCAGAAUCGUUGAUGACAACUUCCACUUUUUCUCGUUAUUCUGCGUACAUAUGCAGUAUCCCGAAGUCGCUGUCAGUCUGAUUGUUAUGCCUAACACCAUAUCACCAUAAAAAAGAACGCUGUCAAUCUAUCCCAUUGGCAAUUUGCCAAAGUAUCGAAAUUCGGCCUCUGUGUGCCAUAAAUCCUUAAUUAUAUUUGUGAUUCCCUGCUCUUUGAUACGAAAAGUUCUCCAAAGAGAAUCUAGUCAUAGAGCACGGAAACAGACCCUUUGGUCCAACUAAUCCAUGCCGACCACCUAUCCUAAAUCCAGUCCGAUUUGCUAGCACUUGGCCCAUAUCCCUUUUUAAACCCUUUCCCUUCACAUACCAGAUGUCUUUUCAAUGUGAUUGUACCUAAAACACACAAUUGCUGGAGAAGCUCAGCAGCGACGGUGGCAAGACAAAUCGAGUUACGGGUUCGAGUCUGGUAUGUGUACUUCACAUGCAGUGGAAAAGUGAACUGUUUCGCACGCCGCCGAUGCUGCAGUUUCUUCAUUUUCUGUGUUUGUUUCAGAUUUCCAGACCUGCACUAUGCUGCACUCAUUCUAGUUGGAAUAUUUAAUGGUCUAUCUUUUGCCCGAAGCAGUUCAAGAUUACUUGUUUAAGAUUUGGCGUUAAAAUGCGAGAGGGAGAUUUGAAAAACGGAAAAUGCCGGAGAAUCUCAGGAGGGAUUGACAAAUCUGUUCCCGGUAUUAACAAUAACUCCAGUUCCAACAGUCUUGAGAAGGGAGGCCUGUUUCCAAGUCGAGUUGUUUCGAUUCUGGUAGUUGCUACACUUCAAUCGAAUAUUCAUUACUGUUGCCCUGGCAACGUCCGAUACAUUCGAGCUGCACGUGAUGAGUACGACGCUGUUGGUUGGUAGAGCUCUUGGACAGACCGUCCCGAUUGGUAACUUGAAGACCUUGUAACUGCAGCCGCAUUGGACAAGCCGCAGCCAUCACCGGGAGCUACAAUGGAUCCUGAGUGUCCUCAGUUUCAAGUUUCGGAAACGGCUGCAAUUACAGAUCAGCUGACAAAACCCCAAACUCUAAGCACUGGAGGCCAGAGGUACCCUGGUCGAUCCCUCUUUGGUACAACGUUGGAUAGCAAAGGUUUCUACAAAGGGUUAUCAGAAGAAGAACAAAAAGUUGCCACUGUGCCAAGCGAUGCACAGCCAGAUAAUCAGUUGGAACAGCACAAGUGCAAGCCUGAAUCUGUAAACAUUCCUAAAUCUGGGAAUUGCCUUGAUUUAUUGAGAACGACGAACUCAAAAUCCAGAAAUACCAAUGGCACCAAACGGGAUGUUAGGGACGACAGCUCUGAACCAAAGAGAUCUCUUAGAACAUCUCUUGAUGGAAGAAUCACUGGGCAGCAAAUUGACCGAGAAAGAUCUGUGCCUCGCACACCAAGUGCGAUGACCGAUGGCACACAGUCACCGUUGUGUGAGGCUCUGCAGCAGCCCCCCAGUCAAGAAGUCGAGUGUAUAAUUCCCCAAAAUAUUAAGCACAAGUUUAGAACCCAUGUUGUGGAUGAGCUGCUAACGGAUGAUGAGGUUAAGGAGUUCUUGAGGGAGAAAGAGAUGCCAGCAAAGAGCUCUGAUUCUGAGGUUCCCUCAGUACAACCACAGGAGCAACCCACUGAUGAAAUAAGUUGGUAUGAAAAGAUAGGCUAUCCUCUCCGAUGCAACAUCUUUCCAGGUUUCUCGGGUAAAUGGCAGAGCGAGGUACAAUCGACCUACACGAAGGAGGUACAUCACCGUUUCAAACACAGCCCAGACCACUGGCAUGGUAGAACGACUGAUCAUUUAGGUCACUGGGUUGAGAUGAAUAUUAUCCAUCAGAAAUUGAAGAAAGCAUUAGGGGAGCUGGAGAAACAUUCGGAGAAUUGAAACUACCAAGGCCAGAAAACAAAGAAAAUGCAACCACACCUUAUUUGUUUUUGUGCAAUUGAAAAUAAUUUGUUUUUAGUCUUAAUUUGCCCUAAUUGAAAAUAAUUGCGAAAGUUCACUCCAGCAGACAUUGGUCUUAGCUGAGUGCAGGAGAGCUGUUAGAGUAACCCUGAAUCCCAUGUCUCCAUUCCUAUAUCCAUUGGACCACCAGGGUAUACAUUGUUUGUUCCUUGGAGCCUAUGAAGUCCCUAUUAUCCUUUUCAUCUAAUUUAGAAAUGCAGAAAUCUGACUGGAUCCAUCCCAAGAUUUUUUGGCUCCAGAAUUAAAUGAGCCAUCAACGUAAAAUCAGAUAUAGGAACCUGAUCUUAAAUAAAAGGCUAUUUCACCAAUUUAUUUUUGUCUUAUUUAGUGAGUUCUACCUGGUAUGAGUGACAUAAAACAUGAGCAAAAGGAGCAGAAUUGUCCUUUGAGCCUGAUCUGCCUUUAUAUUCAGAUUGUCUGUCUGAGUUGUCUACUCAAUUUUGCCAACCAAUCAAUAACUUCUUUUCUCCAUGAGAUAUUAAUUGUUGCUCCCUUUGUGAUUUGCUCUUCUUGUGAUUCUGUCUUGAUGACUAAGAAGGCGGUGAGGUAGUGGCACUGUCAAUGGCUAGUAAUCUAGAACUCUUGACUAAUGUUCUGAGGGCGUGGGUUAAAAUCACACUAUAGGAGAUGAUGAAAUUUGAAUUCAAUAAAAAUCUGGAAGAGAACCUAGCCUGAAGGCAACCACGGUUAAUUAUUGU